AUGGCUGAACCAUCAACUAGCCCUCUGGUCAAACUGCCUGACGAACUGCACCUGCAGUAUGCCUGCUACCUGGAUGCUCGGUCCCUCAGCCGACUGAGCCGCACCUGCAAGGGGUUACAGGACAAGUUCAGCCAGGAGCUGAAGCAAGCCCACGAAGCUCACGACUGGGCGCUUGUUGUUGUCAACUACUGGGGGGGUGAGUGGGAACAAACAGCCGCCUACAUUGAAGCCAGGAUACGGCAAGAUGGCCAGGGGGGAGCAUUCGCAGUGGAAGCUGAAGCCCAUAGAUGGAAGCGGUACCCUCGCCUGCACAACGCCAUCGAAAAGGGCCAAGUCAACCUGGUGCAGAACUAUCUGCAAGCCCGGGGCAAUCCUAACCUCCGAGUUGGGCCGGGGGCCAGGCCGAGUGUCAAAAAGCCCCUCCUACAUUGGGCGUUGUACACCGGGGCCGGGGGCCGGGAUGCGACGAUCGUCCGGCUCCUGCUCGAGUACGGCGCGGACCCCAACCUGGAUGCAACGAAUUGGAAGGAGAAGAAGCGUCACCGCAAAGAUGCCGGGACUGCGCUGGACUGGGCCAGGAGAGAGAAGCGGUGGCUCUUCGGACAAGACGCGUACCCCCUGCCCGGUGACGCGGAACGAAUUAAGCUGGCUCUGUCCUAUGGUGCAAGGGCAUCGCACAAUGAAACAAUCCGCAGUCUUUAUCAGAUGGAAGAUGGCUCGACCCUGGUGUAUAUGGCGGUUGUCAAUGGAACCGAUUUAAUGCACUUGGGCUUCGGCUGGUAUGAUCUGGUCGGUCUGUUUGGCCGGCCCACGAACAGUCGAAUCCCGUACACGGACGAGCAGGUGAUUGAGCUCCUGGAACUCGAGCCCAAGCUGAUCGGGUUGGCAUCGCCCCACAAGGCCGUGCGCUAUAUCAAAAAGCAUAGGCCAGCCCUUGUCCAGCACCUGAUCCAGAACCGAAGCACUUUUGAAUGGCUGGGGAAUCUGUGUGCGGACUUUUGUCGUUAUCUCUAG